AUGGAUUUCAAACUGAAUGUGUUUUAUUUGUUAAUUUUAAUUCUUAGUAAUGUGCGUAACGGAGUUUCUGAAAUUACGGGCUCUACGAAAUCACCUACGAAGGCACAAACGCAAAAGACAGAUCCGGAAGGAGUACAUAUACCAAUUUAUGGAGUUGUCUUGAUAUCUAUCACUAUAAUCAUAUUGUGUAUUAUAAUAAUUUGUCUUGGUAUAGCUAUUUACAAGUUAAAAAACAAUAGAAAAGAAACAGCUAUUUCAAACUCGGAUAAUAAUGUCGGUGAUACAACAAUAGGACAGAAUAUAUCUAGUACAACAGAAAAAUACGUUAAACUGAAAUCUUUGAAACAGGAUAUGAGUAAUUAUGAUAUACAUAUUCACAGUACAUCGACAUUAUCUUUGUUAAAAGUGAAUGAAACUGAUACAUUAGCAAAUUUAAAUGAGGCUCAGUCCUCAUUACAGUUAAUAGAUGCAUCGAAAAAUCCAUUACAGUCAAUGUUAUCUGAAGAAUUGAGAAAAAAAUUUGAACUGAAAAAACAAAAAGACAUUGUACUUUUAAAUGAAAUAUCGGAACAGAUAAAAGGCGAAUCUAUAAAAAAAACUAUGAUAGAAAACGUGUCAAUAUUAAGUGAUUCAGGCAAUUCAAAACGUAUUGAUGACUCGAAAGAUAAUCACAGUGGCACUGAAAUUAAUGACACAAAUAUGCCUUUAACUUCAAAAAGGCUUUCGGACGAUGCUAUUGUAACUAUUUUAGUCACUGGUGUGAACGAAAACAAUGAUAAAACUGUACCGAAUCAUUUAACAAAAAGCGAUGUUUCAAAUUUAGCAUUUAAAACACUUCAGCAUGAAAAUAAUGAGUUAUUGAAGGUUAAAAGUUCACAUGAAAUUAGAACAGAACAACAAUGGCCUAUGCUCGUUAAAAAAAAAGAAUCAAAUGCUGGAUUAUCAAGAUCGGCAUGCGACUUAACCAGUGCUUCAUCUUUUAUGGGUUCUUAUGAUGAAUUACCUUCCCCUUUACCUUUGAAUUGUGAUAGUAAAAAAAUAAUGGAAGAUAAUAAUGUAUAUCAUACUAUACCACGUAGAAGAUCUUCGGUUCACCAUUUCUUUGUUGAAAAUUACGAUAUUCUGCCACCGAACGAAAGAAUUUCAUACGUAGAACCUUCUUAUUGUAACGCUAAAACGCCGAAAUUAGAAUUACCUACGGAAUAAAUAUUAUUAUUUUUUUCUUACCCCUGUUACUCUAGUUGGGGUUGGCACAGUGUUAGUUUAUGACAUUUUAUUUUGUAUAGAAUACAAUAUUGGUUUUAGCUCAGAAUCGAAAGGGUAGUUUCAUUGGGUUGAUGUGAACUCGAACAUACUGCAGUUAUAGUAAGCCCCUUUUUCUUCUGCAUUUAUUUGUGUAUGUUUUUAAAUAAAACAACCGCAAUAUUGUCCGAGACUGAUCUUGAAAACACUUCACAAUUUACGUGUCUAUUAAUCAGAAUAGUACAUAGGCUAUUGGAUAGUACUGUAAGGCGGCGGUUAGCGUCAGUCUCUUUCAAAAACACAA